AUGGCUGGCAAGGCCGCGCAGCACACUGCAGCAGAAGCACCUGCGGUCCUGCUGCUUAGCAGCAAAUUGAAGCCAGCUUUGCGCAUGCAGCAGCAGCACGAGCUGCAGCAACGGAAGCUGCAGCAGCAGCAGCAGCGCCAGCAGCAGCAGCUCUCGGCAGCUGCAGCAACAGCCGCUGCAGCAGCCCUGCGGAGGGCCCUUGUGCCAGCCCCCAAGGCAGCAGCAGCAGCAGCAGCAGCAGCCAUAGCUGCGAGAAACACUCGCACAAGCCACAGCAGCAGCAGCAGCAGCAGGGGCGACAGGAACAAUAUGGAGGAGGCUGCGGGCAGCAGCAUCAGCCAUGCUGCUGCUGCUAGGGGCCCUUCACCCCACGUGUUUGAUGCUGCUGCAGGAGCAGCAGCAGCAACAGCAGCAGCAGAGUCCCCAGCAGCAGAAGCGGCGCAUUUCUUUCGCCUAGUAGCCGAGGCGCAGCGCCGGGUUGAGCUGGCAGCAGCAGCAGCAGCGGCAGAUUCGCUGCAGUGUCUUUCUGCGGGAGUCCAGCAGCAGCAGCAGCAGCCCCUCCAGCUGCAGCAGCAGCAGCAGCUGCUGCCGCAGCAGGUGGAGGCUACAGCGCGCAAAGACGUAGACCGCGUGCUGCAGUGGCACCGAGCAGCAGCAGCAGCAGCUGCUGCUGCUGCGUUGCCGCGAGAGCAGCAGCUGCAGGAGAAUCAGCAGCCACAAGACGCUAAUGAAGCAGCAGAUGCGUUUGCUGCUGCUGCUGCUGCUGCAACAGCAGGGGCUCCUUUAAAUAUAGUAGAUGUGUGGCAGCAAACGCCUCUUUUCCCGGUGUACGUACACCUCAAGACGCUGCAGCGCGGCUUUCUGCCUGCUGCUCUUGUUGCUGCGCUGCAGCAGCAGCCAGCAGCAAUUGGAGUGCAGAUGCUGCCGCAGCUGCAGCAGGUGUGUCUCUUCCAGGGCAACACGGCUUAUUUGCUGCCACUAGCAGCAGCAGGAGCAGCAGCAGAAGCAGCAGAGCCUUCGGUGCUGCGCUUCACAGCAGAUGCUGCCAUUGUUGCUGCUUGCUGCUGCUGCCGCGGCGCGCUGCUGCAGCAGGAUUUGGUGGAGGCGGGGCAGCAGCAGCAGCUGCUGCUGUGUCUGCUCACCACUCAGUCCCUUCUUGUCUUCGCUGUGGUCUUGCUGCAGCAGCAGCAGCAGCAGCAGCAGCAGAAGCACAGGAGAGCUUGCAUUGCGGACUAUAUGUCGGGCGGGUGCUGCCCGAUUCUGCUGCCUGCUGCUGCAGCGCAGCUCCAAAGCAGCAGCAGCAGCAGCUGCAGCAGCAACGGGGUGCAGCAGCAGUUGUGGAUGGCUCAGCUGGUUGCUUUGGAGGACUUGGCCGUCAGCCUGCCCUCGGACAUUCGCUAUUUGCUGCAGCAGCAGCAGCAGCAACUCGAGGAGGAGCAGCAGCAGCUGUACCGAAGCCCCUGGCACUCCGCGCCCCGCCUUUUCGCGCAGCAGCAGCAGCAGCAGCAGCAGCAAGACGGCUGCUGCUCGCUUUACGCCUGCAUUGGGGGCCAGCUGCUGCAGUUCACAAUUGAUCAAAGAGCAGCAAGCAGCAAAGUGCAGCGCCUGCCUCUCCGCAUGAGCAGCAUCUGCAGCAGCACUUGCUGCUGCAGCGCUGCAGGCAGCAGCAGCAGCAGCAGCAGCGGCAGCGGGAGAGGCAGCAGCAACAGAGCAGCCGACGGCUCCUGCAGCCGCUGCUCAGAAACAGCAGCAGCAGCAGUGCAGCGGCUGCAGCGGCAAACAGCAGCAGCAGCAGCAGCAGCAGCAGCAGGGCGCCGUCGCGGGUUCAUCUUUGUGGAGGAAGUGGCUGAUAAGCUGCUGGCAGCAGCAGAUGACAGCAGCGGGCAUUCUUGUUUGUUGGCUUCCACCGCUGCUGCUGCUGCUGAAGACGCUGCAGGAUUCCACUCAGCUGAUCAGGAUGGAUGCUGCGAUUGUCCUCUUUGCCGAGAAGAAGCAGGAGACACAGCAACAGCAGCAGCAGCAGCUGGUGCAGCAGCAGCAGCAGCAGACUUCGGAGCUGCUGCUGAAGCCCUAGAGGAGCAGCAGCACGCAGGGCCUCCCGUGGGCGUCGAGUGCGUGGCGUACAUCUCCGCAAGCUGCUGGCAGAAGCAGCUUCAGCAGCAGCAGCAACUGCUGCUGCCGCCGCAGCAGCAGCAGCUGCAGCAGCAGCAGCAGCUGCAGCUUGUGGAUCUGCUGUGCUCCUUCACCCCUGACGGCCAGCCGCUGCUGACGCUGGUCACUGCCAGAGGAGACCGCGUGCUGCUGCUAGUCGGCCUUGAGCAGCAAGCUGCUGGUAAUGCUGCUGCUGCUGCUGCUGCUGCUGCUGAUGCAGCUGACAGCAGCAGCUGCUGUUCAAGCAAAGCUGGGAAAUUUUCUCUGCGUCUUCUGUCGAUUCUGCACUCGCCAGAUGCAGCUCAGUGCCAGCAGCAGCUGGAGGAAGCUAAAGGCAGCAGCAGCAGCAGCAGCAGCAGCAGCAGCAGAAGAGGUGAUGCAGAAGCGUUAGGUGCGGGCGGCUCUCCGUUGACGCUUCGUGGCACACAGCAGCAGCAGCAGCAGCAACAGCAGCAGCAGCAGAAUGCUGUUGCACUGUGCAGCAACGGGCUUUUUGUGUUUUUUGAGGGCGUUGCUGCUGCGUGCAGCGGCGCACGGCAGCAGCAGCAGCAGCUUGCUGCUGCAGACCGCCAGUCCGUGCUGCUGUCGCUACGCGUUUCCUGGCCCUCAGACACACUUCCCGGAGCAGCAGCAGCAGCAAGCUAUCCUGCAGCAGCAGCUGCUGCAGCGCAGCAGCCGAUGCACCUGCAUUGCUGCUGUCGGCUGGCGCUGCGCUCCCCGCUGCUGGCAGCAGCAGAGGACCGGCUGCUGUGGUGGCCGCUGCAGCACCCGCAGUACGACAGCAGCAGCAGCAGCAGCAGCAGCGGCAGCUUGCGGCUGCUGCUGGGGGAGAACAUAGAGGGCAUACCUUCCGGCUUGGCCUCUCCCGCUGCAGCUGCUGCAGCAGCACACGGGAUGGGAGCAGCAGCUGCUGCCGCAGCAGCUGCAGCAAAUGCAUUUGCCAGCAGUAGUAGGCGAAUGUGGCUCUUCACGCCCACGGAGUUCUUGCUUGUCGAGGUCUUGGCCAGCAGCAGCAGCAGCAGCAGCAGCAAGAGCAGCAGCGUGUGUUGUGCUGCAGUAGGUGCAGCAGCCGGGCGACGGGCUGCUGCUGCACUAAGAGCUCACCGAGCAGCAGCAAAGACGGUCCGGCAGCAGCUGCAGCAGCAGCAGUCCCGCAGUGUUUUGGGCCGCCUGCAAGUCGAAGCAGACUCUGCUGCAGCAGCAACAGCAGCAGCAGUAGCUGCUAUUGAGUUUAGGAAAAGCUUUCCUCUUGUGCCUCCAGCGGCGCCGCAGACGCGCUGGGGCUGUCUGCAGCAGCUGCUGUCUCUGCAGCCGUGCAGCAGCAGCAGCAGCAGCAGCAGCAGCAGCAGCAUGUCUUUGGAGGAGGACCAUUUGCCGCGUCUGACUCUCACCGCGGAUGCAGAAGACAGCAGCAGCAAGGAGCAGCAGCAGCAGCAGCAGCAGCCCCAGUGGAUUGAAGCCUUAGAGAUGCGUCUGGCGCUGCUUUUGGGCCGUCUGUGGGGAACUCCACUUUACACGGCCACGAAGCAGCAGCAGCAGCAGCAGCAGCAGCAGCAGAGGCAGCAGCAGGGCGGAGCCGGAACAACUGACAUUGUGAGUGCAGCAGCAACAGCAGCAGCAGCAGCAGCAGCAACGCCGCCCGUCUGCCGGCUGCCUCUUGCCUAUCUGGAGUGGCUCUGCGCGCAGCUGGACUUGCUGCUGCAGCAGCUGCUUCUGCUUGUGGGGCCCCGCGCCUCCACUCUUGCUGCUUCUUUGGUGCAUGCGCUUGCUGCUGCUCGCCAGCCUCCCUGGUCUUUGGCAAGCAGCAGCAGCAGCAGGAACAGCAGCAGCAGCAGCAAAGGCAGCAGCAGCAUGCACAGUGACAUGCUGCAGCGGCUGGUCGAGUGUAUAGACAGCUCCGGAAGCCUGCGGCGGCUGCUAGAGGCAGCACCGGGGGGAUCCCUGUACCAGCAGCAGCUGCUGCGGCUGCUGGGUUUUGUGCUGCUGCUGCUGCUGCUGCGGCAGAUGCUUCAUCUGCUUGCUGCCAUAGAGCCGCUGCCUCGCAGCAGCCGAGCUCUAGUUUGGGAGCAGGCAGACGCUCUGUCUAGGGGUGCCUCUGCAGCAGCAGCAGCAGCAGCAGCAAGCCACUUGAUGUGCAGCAGGACACUUGCCCAGCUGCUGCAGUGCAGCAGAACUCAGCAGCGGCUUUGGCGCUGCCUCAGCACUGCGAUCUUUAUGCAGCAGCAGCAACACCCCCUCUUGCUGCUGUGUCAGGACAGCCCUGGGCAGCUUGUGGCAGCAGCAAGCAGCAGCAGCAGCAGCAGCAGUGCUGCUGCGGCUCUGAGCUCGAAACUGCGCUGGGCUUUGAGUGCAGCAGACGGCCGGGCUCUCUUCCGUUGGUGGGCUUCGGUACUUACGCAGCAGCAGCAGCAGCUGCAGCAGCAGCAGCUGCAGCAGCAGCAGCAGCAGGCAGACAAGCCCUCACUGCUUUUGCUGCGUCUGGCUAAUGCACUUCUGUCUUGCUUUGCAGAAUGCGGGCCUGAGCAAAAGCGGGAGCUCCUCACGGAGUGCUUGCUGCAGCUGCUGCUGCAGCACGAUGACUCAUAUCCAGCAAUGCAUCUAGCAGUGCAGCAGCUGGUUGCAGCAGCAGCAGCAGCAGCAGCACCGCCAAGGGGGCGCCUCGCAUGUUGCUCAAGUGAUUUGCAAGCCGCAGAUGUUGUCGCGGCUUUCAAGGAGGCGGUCCACCUUGCUGCUGCUGCCCUCAGCAGCAGCAGCAGCAGCAGCAGCAGCAGCAGCAGCACCUUCAGCAGGGAUGCUGCUGCGCUUGGCUGGCAACGGCUGCUGCCGCGGGUGCUUGGCCACACUUCCACAGAGCAGCUGCUGCUCGACUGUUCAACGUUGCAUCCCUAUGGGCAGCAGCAGCAGCAGCAGCAGCAGCAGCAGCAGCAGCCUGUAGAUGGCCUGUGGAAGAGAGUGGAGAGAAGCAGUGGAGGGCAGUUGCCUCUGCUGCUGCCGAGCGAGUUGCUGCAGUGGAUGGCGCUUGAUUCUCUUUUUGAGGUCCAUGAGCAGCAAUCGCUGCAGUGCAGCAGGGAAGCAGCAGCAGCAGCAGCAGCAGCAGCAGCCGCUCCUGCAGCGGCUGUUCCGGGGCAGCAGCACGCUGCUGUAGCUGCUGCAUGCGAUGCCCUCGACAGCUCUGUCUGCUGCGGGCUGCUGCUGCGCUGCCGCCCCGAGGCGCAGCAGCAUUGGGCAGUUUCGGCUCUCUUGGCAAUCUUCAGCAGCAGCAGCAACAGCAGCAGCAGCAGCAGCAGCAGCAGUAGUGGAGAUCCUGGGGCACUGUCAAUUGUGCGUGCCUAUCUGCACUGCUGCUUCAGUGGAGGCCUCGUGCCUCAAGGAGGAGUGCUGGCUCAGCUGUACGCGCAGCAGCAGCAGCAGCAGCAGCAGCAGCAGGAGCAGCGGCGCCUGCUGCUGCUGGCGGCGAGCAUAUACACGGCUUUGGCCACCACGGAAGCAGCACAGCAGCAGCCGCCGCUGCCAGCAGCAGUCCGCUGCGUUGCAGCAGCAGAAGCCUUGCGCCUGCUGCAGCAGCUGCUGCAGCAGCGGUCGUCAGCAAUUGCUGCUGGCACAUGGGAGCCUCUCUGUGGCCUAGAGCUUGCUUCACUCUUCUGCUCAAUUGUUGAGCCGCAGCAGCAGCAGCAGCAGCAGCAGCAGCAGCAGAAGCAGGAGGAAACAGAGCUGCUGCAGCAGGUCGUCUCGGCGCUCGAGGCUCUUCAGACGAUUCUCCAAGACUUGCAGCUGCCGCUGAUGCACUGGGUGGCGCUGCAGCAGCUGCAGCAGCAGCAGCAGCAGCAGCCACAGCAGCGGCAGCAGCUGCAGCAGCAGCAGUGGGUUGCAUCCUUGUGCAGCCAAGAAGGGGCUGUGUGGCAGCUGCGAUUUGCGCUGCUGCCAGUGCCGCAGCUUUUCGCAAUUGCUGCUGCUGCUGACGCUCCCCACUUUUCGCUGCGCGCGCUGCUGCUAGACUUGGCGCUGCAUCUGCCAGCUGUUGUGCAGCAGCAGCAGCAGCAGCAGCAGCUCGGAGUGACUGCCACUGUGCAUGCAGCAACUGCUGCGCUCCUGUCGCGCCUCUUUCUUGAGGCAUCUGCAGAUGCGGAGUGCCCGACCGUGAGGCUGCUGCAGCAACUGCUUCCUGCUUCGGAGCAGCUAGACGGGAGUCCCAUAUUGCUGCUGCUGCUGCGCUGCUGCAACUUCGCAUGGACGGGGCUGCCUUCCCCUCCAGAUUGUGCAGCAGCAGCAGAAGCAGCAGCAGAAGCGAAGGAGGUGCUGCAGAAGGGCAACAUACUGGCUCGAUGCUGCCUGGAAGUGCUGCAUGCCGUGUGGCGGCAGCAGCAGCAACAGCAGCAGCAGCAGGAGCAGCAGCAGGAUUCAUCUCUGCUGCCAGAUGACCUGCUGCUGAUACCCCUCGGGUGGCCGCGGGCAGCAGCAUUUUCUCUUUCGGACUCGUUUGAGGCAUAUCUGCAGCUUCUAGCCCAAGAAACGCUCAUAGAGCAAGCCUGUGAUAUCUUCAAUGCACAACAGCAGCAGCAGCAGCAGCAGCAGCAGCAGCAGCAGCAGCAGCAGCAGCAGCAGCAAGCUCUCGUGACAGCUGCACUUGUCCGUAGCCACUUGCAGCGCGUGAUGCUGCGCUUGCUGCUGGACUGGGUAAAGGCAGCAGAAGGGGAGGGCCCCCUGAGUUUGGGGGCCCCUGGUUUCGGGUGUAUAGACAGCUCCCUGGACUUUGAGUCCAUUAGUGCAUUUUUAGAUGGAGUGGUUGAGGGAGAAGCGGGAGGAGAUAAACAACUAAUGGAAGCAGCAAAACUUAUCAAGGUGCUGCUGGCGAAUGCAUGCAGCACGAACAAGCACAUGCGCAGGCUUCACCCGCAGCAGCAGCAGCAGCAGCAGUUUCUGCUGCAGCAGCAGCAGCGACAGCUGCAGCAGCAGCUACAGUUCAGUGGCUGCGGGUUCCCUGAGGGAGUUGCAUAG